AUGGACGAAAAGGGUGAAGCAUUGCUGACACGUCUGGUGAGUGUGUCUCGCAUUCUGUCCGCCUCAAUGCUCGAUAUGCCCGCUCAUCGUCGACUCUCAGUGGUCACUUCGAUUGCAACAGCGAUUCAUUCACAGCAUUUGCCAAUUAUUUGUGCAGUGCUCUUCGAACAUUAUUGUAUCACAUGGCAGAGAAAUGACUCAAACAAAGGUUAG